AUGCUUCUGCUCUUAUUGGACGGCAUUUUAGAAACACCAACGGACCCAGGCUCAGACGGAGCAGAAAAAGAUGAGACCGUCACAGAAAUAGAAGGCGGAAGUACAAAAGACGAACUUUUAGGGCCCCAGCAGGUCGUUACAUCAGCAUCACCCCAGGUGCAGAUGCAGCAUCUCAUCCCCCUCUGCUCUUCGAUCUCAACAGAGGAGUCAAGCCACACGAAAAAAACUGAUGCUUCCGCGAAUUUGAGCAUUUGCAGGACGGAAGGUGUUCCGUGCCACUCAGCAGCGACAACGAAGCAUCAGGAAGAAUACCAAGGCGUAGACUCUGCAUCUCCGCAUGCACUGUCUCCGAUAGAUGUCUCUGCAACUAGGCAGUCUAGAGGAGCAAAGGGUGGCCAGUUGUCUGUCAGAGCACAAGUCGACGGAGCACCAGACUGCGACCUGUCAUCGCUGGGCGAAAAAGUUGGUAGCAAAGCGCGUACAGAUGGGGAGCUUCAGACGAAUGGAAAAAUUGUAGCCGACCUUCCCGGUUCUCAAUUGUAUCGCGAGCAGUGGUCGAGCCCUCUAACUUGCUCUCCCGAAGACCUGGCUAACAGAAGGAGAAUGGUGAAGCAGCUGAUCCUCGAGGCCGCAGACCGACGGAUAUUUCUUGAAGAUUUGAAAAUGUGGCGACAGCAAUACAACCAACGAGCCAAGCUCCGCGAAGUUUUGAAUCCUUACAUUUUGAAGAUACAGACACUUCAGCAGGGAUAUUUGAAGCGUUGUCCUUGCUUGUACCACCAGCAACAGGAUCAGCAGGAAGAAGAAGAAAGACAAGCGAACUUGAAGUUGUUAGACUCUCUAGAGAGCUCUAUCUGGGGAGCAGGAGAUCAAAGUCCUACACAAACCCGUAGUUUCUCAUUUCAGGGGGCCUUUUCUAGCGAAGAGCUGCAGGAAUUCGGUAGUGAGGAGUUCGGAACUUUGAAUCACGGGGACAGUGCGUCUUCGGGGGGCUUGUCGCUUGCGUCUGCUUUCCGACAGACUGCAAACACCCCGGUUGGAAGGACUUUCUCGAAGGAGAGAUAUCCUUCGAAUCGACAGCAGUCUCUGGUCAGUUCUAGUGAGUGCUGCAGCCUGGAGCGGGAGAUAUCGAGGUCCUCCACGGGCUCAGAAAACCGUCGUUCUUCUAGUUCGCCUGUGGUUAAGCCCCCGUCGCACUGCAGUUCCCUGGGCUCGGCUCCUCUUUUAGGCAGCUGCGAAGGCCAGACUCCAUCAAGUUCUCCGACACGCCUGCGCAGUCCUGCAGUCUCGCGAGCAGAGCGCCACCAACGGGGUGGUAGUCGUGAGGAAAGUGUAUCACGAGGAGAUUUGGAGGUUUCUGUGGAGGAGAGGAAGAAACGCAUGCAGCAGCAAGCAAUGGAAAAAGCUCAAAGGGUUAAAGAAGAUGCACGGGUGGCGUUUUUGGUCGUCUUCAUGAAACAGCUGCAACCGGGAACCCCAGCACUUGGAAUUGAAAUGGCUGACAGAAUAAACUUGUCUCACCUCAACUCUAAGACGUUGCCCAAGGGAAAGGGAUGGAAGACACAAGGCUUGUUGCGAAUGAUAGACGGCAUAGUCACGCUGGUUUGUAAGCUGCCCCGGGGAGCCGGAGUCGCAUCGGUACUGCAGCCGCUUCUGGCUCUGGCAAGUCAAACACGAGCAGAGGACAUUGAUCUGGCUAUACAUGCAGAGCUUGAGGGUAUUCGUCGCGCGCUGUUGCGCCUCCCCGUAGGUGGCUCAACUGAUGAUGAAAUGGGACAGACAGGGGACGGACAAGCUGUAGGUCUGCAGAGAGACGGGAAACGUAAAUCAAAAGACUCCUCCAUAGGAUAUGCAAUUGCUGGAACCGAGGAAGAGGAUACGAAAACCAUCAGCACGGAUGCGGCAGGCCCUGUGAGAAAGGCGACCCAAGAAGCGUCCCUCCAGGAUACCAGGAAAAGUCGACCCAAGCCAGAAAAGGACAAAGAGGGCAGGGCUAGUUCAAGAGAAUCAAUGGCACAGCAAAAAGUGCCCCCCAUCCAGUCGAACAGUCGGGAUGCUUCGGAGAGGCAUUAA